AUGGCAAGAAAUAGUGAAAAAGCACAAUCUAUGCUUUAUCGUUUUAGAGCAUCUCAGGCAGCAGAAUUAGGAAUUAUUGAUACAGGAUCUCAGCGUCGCCCAAAAUUAAUCACAGAAGUUAAUUCGAUUCAGGCGUGUGAAAAAUGGAGAGGACAGGUAGUAAAAGAGAUUUAUAGGAAGAUUUCGAAGAUACAAGAUCCAAGUUUAACAGACUAUCAAAUCCGUGAUCUUAAUGAUGAUAUUAAUAAAAUGAUGCGAGAAAAGCAUAUGUGGGAGAUUCAACUUCGAAAUCUCCAGGGCCCUAAUUAUAUGAGAUUUGGCCCUAAAAUGGUAGAUGCAGAAGGCAGAGAAAUUCCAGGACACAGAGGAUAUAAAUAUUUUGGUCGUGCAAAAGAAUUACCAGGUGUAAAAGAGCUUUUCGAUGAAUUGGUUCCAAAACCUCCUCCUAAACCAAAAAUAUCUGAAACAUUAUAUAAAACUUUAAAUGCGUCAUAUUUUGGAUAUCAGGAUGAAAAUGACGAUCAACUUUUAGAAUUUGAAAAACAACGAGAAAAAGAAAGUAUAGAAGCUAUGUUAAACAGCACUGAAGGAGAUCCAAAGCAGGAUUGGUACUCUAUCCCUGAUCUAUAUAUUCCAAAUCAAAAAGAAAUAGAAGAGUUUUUACUUCAAAAACGAAAACAGAUUUUAUUAGAAAAAUAUUCAACAUAA